AUUUUUGGGAGAUAGUACUAUAUUAACAGAUCUCAAUGUAUUUGCAGGUUGUCUUUCCAGUCUUGAGACUCCUGGAAGUUAAAGGCCUGGGCAACUUGAAAGAGAUAUGGAAUAGCCGACUUUCACCCAACUCCUUCUCUGAAUUAAGAAGGCUCACUGUCGAGGAUUGUGACAAACUAUUGCAUUUGGUACCAACACAAAUGCGAAAUAGAUUGCAGAGAUUGGAGUACAUAUGGGUAAAGAACUGUUCUUCACUGGAAGAGAUUUUUGAAGUCGGAAGAUUGACCGUCAAUGAAGGGAAUGCUUCAAUUUCUCAGUCAGACAAAAUAGAUUCAAAUAUUUCCCAAUCUGAUCAAGGGAUGCAAAUAAAUGAUAUCAUGGAUUUCAAACAAUCUUGUCAAGGCUUUCAGAAUUUAACUGAACUAUAUGUUAGAUCUUGUGGCAGUUUGAGAUACCUGCUCGCUCCUUCGAUUGCCAGAGGUCUUAUCAAGCUCCGGAUUCUAGAGAUAAGCUCUUGCGAGAAGAUCGAAGCAAUAGUCGCAGCAGAUGAGGGUGAAGAAACAGAGGAUGAAAGCAUGCUCCCUCAGCUUUUUGAUUUGUCUCUUGGGGAUCUACCGCAUCUUGGAAGCUUUUCGCAAGGCAAAUAUACUUUUGACUGGCCACUAGUGCAAUGGAUCGAAAUUAACGAUUGCAUCAAAAUGAACAACUUUUGUUCAGGAUCCCUCAGCAUCUCAAGGGAAGUGAGCCUAUAUGUCUCUGAUUCUGGUGAGAAUCUUGAGCAGGAGCUGAAUGAUAGCAAGAAAGAAAGCUGAUCAGAUCUGGACGCAGUGCAUUUCUGCUCGUGGAGAAGUUAAUCUAGGAGUGGCUUGGUACAAGUCGGUUGGGAUGUUCUUUAUGUCUGCCGCAUUUUCCGCUCGAGCUCACUUCAGCCUGGGGAGCGGUGGCGACAGACACUCGUUUAAUCUAGUUGUGUGAUGAGUAGAAAAGAUAAGAAAAAAACGACUGUUCUUGUAGUUUGAAUCCUUGUGUGUAUUUCAGAUUUUUUGUAGUCUUCUCUCACCCUGAUAAUUUGGGUGAGAGAAGAGUGAUAUUUGUGUGAUGAUUAAAAAAGAAAAAAAGUGUGUUAGUUAUCUGUAAUUGAUAUUGAGAG